AUGUCUUACCGCAACGAGUCCGAGUCUGAUAACUACGGCAGUGGAAACCAGAGCUCCGGCUUUGGUGGAAACGAUAGCUAUGGAAGCGGCAACAACAGCUCUCGUCGUAACCAAGAUAGCUACGGCAGCAACAACGACAACUACGGUAGCCGCAAUGACAACACCUAUGGCAGUGACAAUAGGUCGAGCUCCGGCCGUGAUCAAGAUAGCUACGGCAGCAGCAACAACAACACUGACAGCUACGGUAGCAGCAACAAGGAUAGCUAUGGCAGCAGCAACAACACCGACAGCUACGGAAGUGGCAAUAAGGAUAGCUACGGCAGCAGCAACAACGAUAGCUACGGUAGCGGCAAUAAGUCGAGCUCUGGUCGUGACCAGGAUAGCUAUGGCAGCAGCAACAACAACACUGACAGCUACGGUAGCAGCAACAAGGAUAGCUAUGGCAGCAGCAACAACAAUACCGACAGCUACGGUAGCAGCAACAAGGAUAGCUAUGGCAGCAGCAACAACAACACCGACAGCUACGGUAGCAGCAACAAGGAUAGCUAUGGCAGCAGCAACAACAACACCGACAGCUACGGAAGUGGCAAUAAGGAUAGCUACGGCAGCAGCAACAACGAUAGCUACGGAAGUGGCAGCAAGUCGAGCUCUGGUCGUGACCAGGAUAGCUAUGGCAGCAGCAACAACAACACCGACAGCUACGGUAGCAGCAACAACACCGACAGCUAUGGUAGUGGCAACAAAUCUAGCUAUGGCCGCGACCAGGAUAGCUACGGCAGCAGCAACAACGACAGCUACGGCAGCAGCAACAACGAUAGCUACAGUAGCGGCAACAACAACGACAGCUACGGAAGUGGCAACAAGUCGAGCUCUAGCCGCAACCAGGAUAGCUAUGGUAGCAGCAACAAUGAUAGCAACUCUUCCAGUGGUGGUCUGGGCAAGAAGAUCUUGGACAAGGCUGGAGGUUCGUAUUCUCAAUCGCACUGCAAUGUUCAAAUACACAAUGCUAACAAGUAA